UCGACAUAAAAAUCUAUGCUAGGCGGAAAUAUCCCAAUACAUUUACAAGAAUCUGAGCUCAUAAUUGCGACAACAGUAACCACUCGGUUUCAAUCCAAAUGCGGGGAUCUCGGCUCCCAUCCAAAACCCGAGGUGCACUUCCCAAACCAAAUCGGCUCUAACUAUAUCAUCUCGACAACACAGCCCCAAGCAGUUAACCCAUGCUACCCUCUGCGAGUAUUCCCGGAAUUACUCUUCAGAAACUGUAGCUCUGCUGCCACCGUACUUGCACCAUCCUCCUGGAUUGGACUAUGUCAGGCGCGAAGAAUGUCGGUCUCAAAGCUGCGGGCGGUAUUGCGCCUACGCGCUUGCGACAGAUUGCACUCGUGGUGAAGGAUUUGGAGAAGGCGAGACAGCAGCUUACUUACGUGCUGGGAACAGAGGUCGUUUUCGAGGAUCCAGCAGUGGGACAAUGGGGACUUAGGAAUAUCCUAGUUCCGCUAGGCGGAGAUUUCAUUGAAGUCGUCGCACCCAUACAGGAGAACACCACGGCAGGCCGCCUUCUGGACAAGCGAGGAGAAGGCGGCUACAUGAUCAUAAUGCAAACCGAAGAUGCCCGAAAGCGACGUGAAUACAUUGAAUCCAAGAAUCUCGCAAAAGUAAUAUGGAGCUAUGACCAUGGCGACAGCGUGUGUGUCCAAUACCAUCCUAAAGGGAUCAAAGGCGGCAUAAUGCCCGAACUCGACUCCCAUACUCCCUCUCCUGAAAACCCGACACCCCUUAAGUCUCGAUUUUCUCCCUGGCAUGCCUGCGGCUCCGACCACAACGCCUACUACUCGGGCAUGAAGCGUUCCUCGCAUCUCUCGCUCGAAGGCUGCGUCUUGCGUCUAGCACCAGGAGACUUGGGUCAUGAGGCCGCGGCCAGGCAAUGGGAGGAGAUUUUCGGCGUGGGAAGGAGUAGGGAUUUGUUGGCUUUCACGAAUGCGAGGUUGGGCUUUGCGAGGGGUCAGGAGGGGAUGAGCGAGGGCCUAGUGUCGAUUACAGUUGGGGUGAAUGGGAGGGAUAAGUUGGCGCAGAUCUGGGAGAGAGCCACGAAUCUGGGGUUGGUGGAGGAUAAGUGGAUCAACAUGUGUGGAGUCAGGUGGUAUCUGGCUUUGACCGGCCAGGGGGAGACACAGAAAGGGAGAUUGUAAGCCUACAAGACGAGCAAAGAAGAAUUUGGGGAAGAAGUAUGGGCCUGCCGUCUCACAUGCACGUGGCCACAUACGUGUCACCUCUAGCCAAGAACGAGGAGCCACAGAGCUUGAAUUAUCUAGGCCAGGGCAAGUGGAGUCUUCCUAGGCAAUAUAAGAUGAUAGGGGGAGGUACGUUAUGCCAAUAGCUGUCUUAUACCAAGCGUUCACAUGCUUCAAGCGAAGAC